AUCUGAAGAUCCUCGCCGGUUCUUUUACCAUGGCUCGGACCAAGCAGACAGCUCGCAAGUCUACCGGUGGCAAGGCGCCACGCAAGCAGCUCGCCACUAAAGCGGCCCGCAAGAGCGCGCCGGCCACUGGUGGAGUGAAGAAGCCCCAUCGCUACCGGCCCGGCACCGUGGCGCUGCGCGAGAUUCGUCGUUACCAGAAGUCCACCGAGCUGCUGAUCCGCAAGCUGCCGUUCCAGCGGCUAGUGCGCGAGAUCGCGCAGGACUUCAAAACUGACCUGCGCUUCCAGAGUUCCGCGGUGAUGGCCCUACAGGAGGCGUGCGAGGCCUACUUGGUGGGGCUCUUUGAGGACACCAACUUGUGUGCUAUCCAUGCCAAGCGCGUCACCAUCAUGCCCAAGGACAUCCAGCUCGCUCGCCGUAUCCGCGGGGAAAGAGCUUAAGUUUGUAUCGGCUGUUGGCUUUU